AGAAUAAUUCUAAAACUCAGGAAUUUUAAAAAGCUGUAUAUGAUGUGCUUGGAUGGAAAACACAGAAGCAGAAAAGGAAGAUGUAGAAGAAGGCUGCCAAUGUGCCAUCGGUGACCAAGACUCAACAAAGAACCCAGGGGGAGAGAGGUGAAAGAGGGUUUAACUCCUGGACCAUGGAGGCUUAUUUUGGUAAUAUUGUGUUUGGCUCCAAGUUUGACUCAGGGAACCUGGCUCGUGUGGAGAAGGUGGAGAAGGCUAGCUCAAGCCCUUCUUCCGACACAGCUUCCAGUGGGAGUGCUCCUUUAGUAUCAAGCCUCUCCCCUGAUUAUGAGUUCAAUGUGUGGACACAGCCGGACUGUGCUGGCACAGAACAUGAGAAUGGAAACAGGUCAUGGUUUUACUUCAGUGUACGGGGUGUAGCACCAGGGAAGAUACUGAAGAUCAAUGUGAUGAACAUGAAUAACCAGAGGAAGCUCUACAGCCAGGGCAUGACUCCUCUUGUUCGCACUUUACCUGGCAAGAAUCGGUGGGAAAGGAUUAGAGACAGACCCACAACUGAGAUUAAAGAUAACCAGUUCAUUCUCUCAUUCACUCACCGGCUGUCAGAGGUGCGAGGGGCAACCACCUACUUCUCCUUCUGCUAUCCAUUCUCUUAUAGUGAGAGUCAGGAGAUGCUGCAGCAGUUGGAUGAGAGUUACCCCAGUGGUGCUCACCUCAGUCCAAGCAGUGCUCCAGAAAGUGUGUAUUAUCACAGGGAGUUGCUAUGCCACUCUCUGGAUGGCAACAGAGUGGACCUGCUCACUGUGACCAACUGCAAUGGGAUGCAGGAGCAGAGAGAGCCCCAUCUGCCUAAGUUAUUUCCAGACACUAACACUCCAAGACCACAUCGCUUCUGCAACAAAAGGGUGUUUUUCCUAAGCAGUCGGGUGCACCCAGGGGAAACUCCCGCAUCCUUUGUGUUUAAUGGUUUCCUGAAUUUUAUCUUAAGAAGAGACGACCCGCGAGCUCACACACUUCGAAACAUGUUUGUGUUCAAACUCAUUCCAAUGCUUAACCCAGACGGGGUUGUCCGCGGACACUACAGGACUGACUCCAGAGGAGUGAACUUGAACAGACAAUAUCUGAACCCCAGCCCUGAGCUGCACCCAUCCAUCUAUGCAGCCAAAACUCUGUUGCUCUACCACCACACACACAAUCGCUUGCACAAUACACAGUCCAGUACACACUUAAACAACACUACAAACACACAGACUCCUUCCCCCAUCAACAUCAAACCCACCAGUCAGCACCAAGCUCCUCCCCGCGGAGUCAGCUCGAAUCAACGAAUUGCAGAGAAAGAUGAAAAUCCCACACAAACUGAAAUUCCCAUGGCGAUGGAGGAAAAUGUCUGGGUUAUUACAGAGAUGGGGAAAGAAGACAGCUCCUCGAGCUCCUCAGAGACUGUAGCCCCAGUUACUGUAGACGUCCCACAGGUGGAGGAACAGGAAUCAAUUCCACCUCAGGAGGGGGGUGUGGCUUAUUAUGUGGACUUACAUGGCCAUGCCUCCAAACGUGGUUGUUUCAUGUAUGGAAAUAACCUUCCUGAUGAGAGCCAGCAGGUAGAGAACAUGCUGUACCCAAGGCUGAUCGCUGUGAACUCUGCCCACUUUGAUUUCCCUGCCUGCAACUUUUCUGAGAAAAAUAUGUAUGCACGGGACAAGAGAGAUGGGCAGUCGAAGGAAGGCAGUGGUCGGGUGGCAAUCCACAAGGCCAUAGGGCUGCUGCACAGCUACACUUUGGAGUGCAACUACAACACAGGUAAAACCAUGAACACCAUCCCACCUGCCUGUCAUGACAACGGACGGGCGACCCCACCUCCACAUUCAUCAUUCCCUCCAAAAUACACUCCAGAGAUAUUUGAACAGGUGGGGCGUGCUGUGGCCAUCUCAGCUCUGGAUAUGCUGGAGUGUAACCCCUGGUCACGGCUGGUUCUGUCAGAGUACAGCUGCCUAACAAAUCUUCGAGCCUGGAUCCUCAAGCACGUCCGCAACACCAAAGGCCUGAAUACAAACAUGCAUGCCCACCCUCCAACAAGACCACACCACAAUGGCAGUAAGGCUUCACCACCAAAAGGUUUCAACAACUUUCUGUCUGGCUCCACCUCUGAGAACACGCUCAACCGCGUUCGAUGCAACAGCCACAGCAGCAGCAGCCAAACACCCUCUCCCAAGAUGCACAGCUCUCCAAGCUUUACUUUUGGCUGCCCUCCACCCCGGACUCACUCGCAGCACAAUAGCACACACACAAGAGGACGUGGCAGCAACAAGACACUCGUACCGGUCAGGGACCCUAAGCCUCAAGAGAAGAGACGCCCCCCCCACCACCGCUCCGUCCUACAGUCUCCCAGCAACAGCCACACUCCCUCACGCCCCCCACUCUCACCCCCUUCCUCCUCCUCCUCCUCGUCUUCCUCAGUGUGUGCUGCAGGCUCCUGUCCCCUCCCGGCCUCCGUCAGUAUGACAGGCAUCAUCUUUCCAGACUUUCAGGCAGGUGGAACCAGUUCAGAGCGUCCGUCCAAAAUACCAUUUCCCAUGCGUCCUGGGCGUGUGGCGAAAGGCUGCCGGAGUCUAUUGGUUGCUAAAGUCUCCGGGCCUGAACACAUCCUUUCCUCCAUCAAACUUACCAAGUGUGACCUGCAACCGCACGUGAGCUGCAUCACCAUCCGGAAGCCGGGGUCAAUGGACAGCCCAUCCACACGUGGCAGUAAAACAAAACCGGUUGGCAAUACUCAUUCCUCAUCUGGAGGAAAAGAGGAGUCGGCCGCCAUCAAAGUCUGGAAGCUGCUUCGACCAGGUCUCCACCGACACCUGUCACUGUCAGGUGUAUCAGGGAAAGACGGUGCCAUACAGCUGGCCUCCAAAGCACUUCUGAAGGACACAGACAACCAUCUACACUGCAAGGACUGUGCCAUCAUAAAGGCUGCACCAGAGACAGAUGAGAUACUGCAACAGGUUGAUGAAACUCCAGUGAGUCCGCUGCCGGAGCCUGUCGGUAUGGGUGACACAGUGACCCUCUGUGGAGAAGCCUAGGAACUGCAGAGGAGGAAGAGGCACUUGUAUACGACACCAAUUUUUAAAUCAUAACCAUUCAAAACAGGCAUUAUAUCAGACUGACUAAACUGUGCAAUAUGUUUUUUUUAUUAUUAUUUUAUAUAUUCAGUUUCCUGAAUAUCGUUACCAGUACAUAGUUAAAGGUUAUAAUUCCCUACAACUGUGCGGCUCAAUACCUACAAACUGCUCAGUACAUACCUUCCCUGAAGUCACAGGGGGUGAAGUGCCUUGCUCAAUGACACCAUAACGGUGAAGCACACAUGUGAAAUAUCUCUUAACAUUUCAGUUACUCUUAGUGUCCCUCAUAUUUGUGUUUUUUGCCACUUUACUAUUUUCCUUCUGCUGCUCUCUCCCUCAAACGGAUAGUGAACACAGUCUGACAAGUAUUCCUAUAUACACUGAUGAGUAUACUGCAUGCCACAGUCAGCCACUCGUUACAUUAGAGGUUGACUUCUAGUCUCACUUAAGAGCACAAUGGCACCUUGUACAGCUUCCUUUACGUCCUUUUUGUAUUUUAAAACAAUGUGAGAGCGAAGUGUGUAUUGAUUUCAAAAGUCCUUUGCGCUUUGUAUGUUACUCAUAAAAAGGUAUUCACCAUUCAUUUUACCAUACUGUUCACCAGAACCGAAACUGGAAUGUCUAAUUGUGGAGUCACAAUUAUCCAAAACGCAAAACAGUCAGUGAGCAAGUCUGUCAUUCAUUUGACACCACUGACACAAGUACAAAAAAUUCCGAGUAGACAGUAUGAGAUUCGGGACAGAUGUACAUCUUACAUGGGACCACCCUCAGUGUGUGCAUGUGCACAUGGCUCUCGUGAAGGAGGCCAACAAAAACAAACCCAUCAUGAACCCCUUUGUUGUUAUCAUGUAAAGAAACCUCUCCAGAGCAGGUCAAGGAGGCCUUGUGGAGCUGGAGGGUUAAAGAAAGGCAGCUAAACACAAAGAAAUUCCAAAAGCAAAUCCAUGUGUCAUCUACAAAAGAGCUAUAAACCUUUACUUUCCAAAAUUCCCAGGUUGAUGUGGAUGUAAAACAAAUAUAUAGCUGUAGUUGUUCACAUUCCCUCUUAGAACAGUGAUUUGAAAAGAAGAUCAAUCAUUUUGUUACUUAGAAUUAACAUGGUAAAAUUUGACUUCAGAUUUUUCCUUUUUUUGGAAUUUUGUUGAAAUUAAACCCAAGAUGGGAUUCUACUUUUAUGGAUAUUGGACAAUAUUUCGUACAUACUUGUAUUACACCAGUGUUGUGUGUGUUUUGUUCACAUGAGACAAUCUGACUGAGAUUAUACUAUGUUGGAACUUAAAAGAAAUGUGAUGUGUAAAUAAAUGAUCUUUGAAAACA